AUGUUCUUAGAUAAGGUUAAGUUUAUUGUAUCAACGUGGAUUAUCAAAGUUGCCUGUUAUAAGUACAACUGCUUAUUUGAGUAUCCCUACAGCAAAAAUAAGAAAGUUUCUGUUUGUAUUACUAUGAAUAAAUAUUGUUGCAUGUCAUAUCAUAAAAUUCAUGAGAAGGCCUUUUACUGUGAUAUUUUUAAAACCUUUCUUUAG